AUGUAUGCAAAACCCCAUUUCUCUUUGAGCUACAAGAAUAAGAUGGCUUUUUUCUAUUUAUCUGCUAAUUUUCUUGCUCUGGUUGUAUCGGCGAGUUCUGUGAAGACUUCAAAAGGUAUUUUUCUUCCGUUGCAGUGAUACUCGCGUUCUUUUUGCUCUAUUUUUGCUGAUUUCUACGUCGUGUAUUUAAGAGAGUAUGAGCCAAAACCGUCUUAAUUGGUCGUCUUCAUUUCUUUUUUGAACACAGGACGAACGCCAAACGUCGGGUUUGUCUUCACCAGUUUUCUUGCUCACGAAGGCUAUCAUUUAAACGUUGCAACUGUUGGUACAGAACUGGUCCAAGACUCCUCUGAGUGCGCGUUCAAGUGUCUGGAGAAGGAUCCAUGUUUGUCCUUCAACCUGGCAGAUUUGGAUGAUAACAUUGACAAUCUGCUGUGUGAACUGCUUCCAUUUGACCAUUACAUCCAUUCAGACAAGUUCAUCACCAACCAUCUUUGGUAUCACUACAGUAUUGCGGUAAAAAAAUUUUUCUUUUUCUACCUUAUCUUUAUCAUCAUUUUUUUCUUAUUAUUUCAUUCUGAUAAUAGCUAGAACCAGUUGAAAUUAUUUGAGCGAAUUUUAUUCAACCUUUCAACGUUAAUACAUCUCUCGUCGGAAGCCAUUUUUAAGUCGUUUUACCGAUCCGUUAUCGAAGUUUGUUUAACUGGUUUUUAUCAAGGGAGUAAGUAAUUGAUUUUCUCGGUCUUAGUCUCCUUGCUCGAAGUUGCCAUGUCAGAACGCUGGAACUUGUGUACCUCUGUACCGGACAAACAGCUACAAGUGUCGCUCUACGAAACCAUACACAGGAAGCCACUGCGAAAAAGGUAAAGUUUUGGUUUCUAAAACAAUAUUUUCAGAAAUAUUUCGCGCGCGUGCUUGUUGUAUCUGAUUCCUAAAGAGCCAUCACUCGUCGCCAUUUGACUUCACUCUGACUUACUUUUGCAAACAAAAAUUUUCCAAUGAUUAUUUUCUUUCUCUAUUCUUUUUACAUCAGUUGAUAAUGACUGCAGUUGUUCAUCAGGACCAGAAGGAAAACAGAGAUGCAAAAUA